AGCGAAGCGGAGCUGCGUAAGGAGAAGUGGGUGAGAUCCCGUGGGCCCCGUUCAAGGUUCCUUCAUGGCUGUUGUUUGCAGCCUUGUCCGGCAUUUCCUGUUUAGACACCGCUGGUCCUUACCAAGGUUGCAGAUCAGAUGCCAGAGAAAAGCGUUGAAUGUAGUGGACAUGUGGGUCCUCCGGUCCAAACUUAAGAAAGAAGGAACAGGGCCAUUGAACAGAGAAGUUCUCAUCAUGCCUUCCAUCCGAUGGAGCAUCAGUCACUUGCCCAAGAGAGGUCUGCAUGACCAGCUUCACCUCCAGGAAGUGAUGCUCACCAGUGAGCGAUAUGGGGUGCAGAGGCUUCCCUUUGGUGUUUCCAGUACUGAUGUGUCUUUCUUUGAAAACCUUAUGCCUGGCAGAGUCAUUCCAGAUUCAGAUGAACUGAAACUCUUCAAUGUGGACUGGCUGAAGUCUGUAAGAGGCUGCAGUAAAAUAUUGUUGAAGCCACGGACAACAGCAGAAGUAUCUGAGAUUCUCAGGUACUGCCAUGAGAGGAACUUGGCUGAACCUCAGGGGGGUAACACUGGCCUCGUUGGGGGCAGUCCUGUCUUUGAUGAGAUCAUUCUCUCCACAGCUCUUAUGAACCAGAUCAUCAGCUUUGACAACGUUUCUGGAAUCCUUGUUUGCCAGGCUGGCUGCAUUUUAGAAAACCUCAACCAGUACCUGGAACAGCUGGAUUUCAUCAUGCCGCUUGACCUCGGAGCAAAGGGCAGUUGCCACAUUGGAGGGAACGUAGACAAUGCCGGUGGCUUGCGGCUCCUGCGCUACGGCUCUCUCCGAGGGACAGUCCUAGGACUAGAAGUGGUGCUGGCUGAUGGCUCUGUUUUGAACUGCUUGGCAUCUUUGCGGAAGGACAAUACUGGCUAUGACUUGAAGCAGUUGUUCAUUGGGUCUGAGGGGACCUUGGGCGUCAUUACGGCAGUUUCCAUUCUAUGCCCACGAAAACCCAAGGCCGUGAAUUUGGCAUUUCUUGGUUGUCCAAGUUUCUCUCAGGUCCUGAAAACUUUCACUCUCUGCAAAGGCAUGCUGGGAGAAAUCCUGUCUGCCUAUGAGUUCAUGGACAACGAGUGCAUGAAGCUGGUUGAGCAACACCUCAAAUUAACCAACCCAAUCUCAGAAAGUCCUUUCUAUGUGCUAAUUGAGACUUCAGGCUCCAAUUCUGCCCAUGAUGAGGAAAAGCUGAGCCACUUCCUGGAACAUGUCAUGGCCUCUGGUUUGGUAGUAGAGGGGACUCUGGCUUCAGAAGAUAAAAAAAUAAAGGCGCUUUGGGCCUUGCGGGAACGGAUCACAGAGGCCUUGACUUGUGACGGAUCCGUUUACAAAUAUGAUAUUUCGCUGCCUGUGGAGAAACUCUAUGAUCUGGUGACGGACAUGCGGACACGGCUGGGCGGAAAUGCCAAGAACGUGGUUGGCUAUGGCCACCUAGGAGAUGGAAACUUGCACCUGAACAUCACAGCAGAUUCCUACAGUCAUUCCCUGCUGGAGGCUAUUGAGCCAUUUGUGUAUGAGUGGACUUCCCAGUACCGUGGGAGCAUCAGCGCAGAGCACGGUCUGGGCUUCAAGAAGAAGCAUUAUAUCCACUACAGUAAGCCCCGGGAAGCAGUCCUUCUCAUGCAGCAGUUCAAGGCCAUGUUGGACCCCAAAGGGAUUCUAAACCCUUACAAGACAUUGCCGGAUAAGGCUGCAUGAUGGUGACUAUGAAGAAACGGAUCAGGAGACCUUUGCGUGGAGGUUGUCUAGCACAGGGGCUGUAAACAAAUUGUGAAACUGCAACGUGAAAUGGAGGUUUGCUCCCCACCCAACAAAAUAAAUGGUAAAGGGGUUGAAUUGUCCUCCCAGUAUUAUCUAUCUACCAAGCCCUGAAUUAUCCGAGAAGCAGAGAAGACAACAUUUGUUUUCUAAGGCUCUUUCUUUCAAAGCUUCCAGUUGCUCCCCAUUUUUAGGGCUUUGUUCUUAUCUGAAUACAACAUGUAGGAGUGGAACUUGGGAUAAGAGAACAAUUUGCAGGAGGAAAUUCGUGGGAUAGCUUCUCUUGCCUUCUUGUUGCAGCUGCAUACAUUCAAAACACAAAUCGACAGCUGCAGGAUUGGCAAGGACCUUGAAGAAGAUAAGAGGGUAUUCUGUGCUUUGAACCAAGUGUGGGAACUAAACAUUUUACUUUUCUUCAUGGAAAAAUAAAACCUGUAAUGAAAACAUU